AUGUUAUGUGGAUACAACCUAAAAAACACAGUCCCCUACAGGCCCCUACAGUCCCCUAUAGUCCCCUACAGUCCCCCACAGUCCCCUAUAGUCCCCUACAGGCCCCCACAGUCCCCUAUAGUCCCCUACAGGCCCCCACAGUCCCCUGCAGGCCCCCACAGUCCCCUGCAGGCCCCCACAGUCCCCUAUAGUCCCCUACAGGCCCCCACAGUCCCCUAUAGUCCCCUGCAGGCCCCCACAGUCCCCUAUAGUCCCCUACAGGCCCCCACAGUCCCCUGCAGAACCCACAGCCCCCACAGUCCCUCACAGUCCCCCACAGUCCCCUAUAGUCCCCUACAGGCCCCUACAGUCCCCUAUAGUCCCCUACAGGCCCCCACCGUCCCCUAUAGUCCCCUACAGGCCCCUACAGUCCCCUGCAGGCCCCCACAGUCCCCUAUAGUCCCCUACAGGCCCCCACAGUCCCCUAUAGUCCCCUACAGGCCCCCACAGUCCCCUGCAGGCCCCCACAGUCCCCUGCAGGCCCCCACAUCCCCCACAGUCCCCUGCAGGCCCCCACAGGCCCCCACAGUCCCCUGCAGGCCCCCACAGUCCCCUGCAGAACCCACAGUCCCCUAUAGUCCCCUACAGGCCCCCACAGUCCCCUGCAGGCCCCCACAGUCCCCUAUAGUCCCCUAUAGUCCCCCACAGUCCCCUACAGUCCCCUACAGUCCCUUGCAGGCCCCCACAGUCCCCUAUAGUCCCCUACAGGCCCCCACAGUCCCCUAUAGUCCCCUACAGGCCCCCACAGUCCCCUGCAGGCCCCCACAGUCCCCUAUAGUCCCCUGCAGGCCCCCACAGUCCCCUAUAGUCCCCUACAGGCCCCCACAGUCCCCUGCAGGCCCCCACAGUCCCCUGCAGGCCCCCACAGUCCCCUAUUGCCCCCACAGUCCCCUGCAGGCCCCCACAGUCCCCUGCAGGCCCCCACAGUCCCUUAUUGUCCCCUAUAGUCCCCCACAGUCCCCUAUAGUCCCCCACAGUCCCCUGCAGGCCCCCACAGUCCCCUAUAGUCCCCCACAGUCCCCUACAGUCCCCUGCAGGCCCCCACAGUCCCCUACAGUCCCCUAUAGUCCCCCAAAGUCCCCUACAGUCCCCUGCAGGCCCCCACAGUCCCCUACAGUCCCCUAUAGUCCCCCACAGUCCCCUACAGUCCCCUACAGUCCCCUGCAGGCCCCCACAGUCCCCUACAGUCCCCUGCAGGCUCCCACAGUCCCCUACAGUCCCCUGCAGGCCCCCACAGUCUCCUACAGUCCCCUACAGGCCCCUACAGGCCCCUACCGUCCCCUACAGGCCCCUGCAGGCCCCCACAGUCCCCUGCAGGCCCCCACAGUCCCCUACAGUCCCCUGCAGGCCCCCACAGUCCCCUAUAUCCCCUACAGUCCCCUGCAGGCCCCCACAGUCCCCUAUAGUCCCCCACAGUCCCCUACAGUCCCCUGCAGGCCCCCACAGUCCCCUACAGUCCCCUACAGGCCCCUACAGUCCCCUACAGUCCCCUACAGUCCCCUGCAGGCCCCCACAGUCCCCUACAGUCCCCUGCAGGCCCCCACAGUCCCCUACAGUCCCCUGCAGGCCCCCACAGUCCCCUACAGGCCCCCACAGUCCCCUACAGUCCCCUACAGGCCCCUACAGUCCCCUACAGGCCCCCACAGUCCCCUGCAGGCCCCCACAGUCCCCUGCAGGCCCCCACAGUCCCCUGCAGGCCCCCACAGUCCCCUACAGGCCCCCACAGUCCCCUGCAGGCCCCCACAGUCCCCUAUAGUCCCCUAUAGUCCCCCACAGUCCCCUGCAGGCCCCCACAUCCCCCACAGUCCCCUGCAGGCCCCCACAGUCCCCUACAGUCCCCCACAGUCCCCUGCAUGCCCCCACAGUCCCCUACAGUCCCCUAUAGUCCCCCACAGUCCCCUACAGUCCCCUACAGUCCCCUGCAGGCCCCCACAGUCCCCUACAGUCCCCUAUAGUCCCCCACAGUCCCCUACAGUCCCCUACAGUCCCCUGCAGGCCCCCACAGUCCCCUACAGUCCCCUGCAGGCCCCCACAGUCCCCUACAGUCCCCUGCAGGCCCCCACAGUCCCCUACAGUCCCCUACAGGCCCCUACAGUCCCCUACAGGCCCCUGCAGGCCCCCACAGUCCCCUGCAGGCCCCCACAGUCCCCUACAGUCCCCUGCAGGCCCCCACAGUCCCCUACAGUCCCCUGCAGGCCCCCACAGUCCCCUACUGUCCCCUACAUGCCCCCGCAGGCCCCCACAGUCCCCUACAGGCCCCCGCAGGCCACCACAGUCCCCUACAGGCGCCAUACAGAGGUGUGGAUCAGUGUCAGGGUGUCUCAGAGGAAGGCUUCUGUUCCACAACAGGCCCAACGCACCAGUGUGGCGUGA